UGUUAUCGCACUAAAUAAUCCUAUAUAUAUAUUGCUACUAAGCUAAAAAAAUAGUUUUAGAGAAAGCUCAACAAGCAGUUAGUUAUUCAAACAUUUUUCAACAUGAUGUUUUUCAUCAUGACUCUGAUGGCCGCAAUGGUGGGAACCGUACUUAGUGACUGCUACGGAGAAGGCAGUGGUGUUCAUCAUAUUAAUAAUUGUACAGGGACGUUUUAUGCAGGAGGUGGUGGCACCUACUAUUUCACCAAUGGACCAAAAAUAUUUGUUGCGGGUGGUGGCGGUUCUUACUAUGGAGAAGCUGGUGCAGACGAAUUUAUUGCUGGUCAGGCAGGUGAUUACCAUUUUGGUGAUGUAAGGAGUAAUCAUAAAAGAGGUAAAGGUGUUGUGCAAGGAGGUUCUGGAGGUAUUUACUAUUUACCCCAUGGAUAUGGAACGGUGUAUAAAGCUAGUGGUGGCCUAUAUUAUGGAGAUUCUGGCGGAAAUGGAAUGAGUGAAAGUACUGGAGGUACUUUCAUUAUUAGAGCUUCUGAUAAAGAGGAUAGUUAGUCCUCAUUAGGAAUAUGAGUUCUGUGGUGUGAAAAGUCAACAUGGAAUCAUUUUUAAAUGUAUAUAGUACUUGAUGGUAUGAAAAUUUUUGUACAAAAUUAUGAAAAUAAUUUGAAUAUUACAUUUACUUUGAUCAUAUUAUCCUCAAUGUAUUCGCAAGUUGGAAUUAUUGAUAAUAAUAAAUCACCAUUGAGAUUUCGUUCAA